GAAGUGCGUCACAGGGCUCGGGCCUGUCGCCGUUAUCGGCCCGCUCGGAACAUCGGCUCCAAGGAACACCAACGGGAGCGGCGGGGCCGGCAGUUUUUAAUGUGUGCCACACGUGGAAGACCCCCGGUUGUAUGUUGGGAGCUCUGACAGGCCCAUGUUUUUGGCAGUAAGUGUGGUAACAGCUGUGAUGAGGCCACCAGUUCCUUGCCAGAGGGUUUGACCACAGAGAGUCGCCAAGAUAGCUGGGCCAGGAAGAAAACGUCGCAACCCUGACCCAGACUCCAUCACCGACCCCGGCGGGCCGUUUGUGUCCUCCAAACGGCUGAAGAUGUCCAGCAGCACCAAUGCCCCCGGCCAGAGGAGGGUAUCUCGGGGCUUGGAUGAUGCUGCCAACAAGAAGAAGCAGAAGGAUCGAGCCAACCAGGAGAGCAAGGAAGUGUCUCGCUCUGAGCUCGAGCAGGCUGAGGCUGCCCAGGAGAAGGACUCAGAGGAGGAGCUGCUGCUGGACUGGAAGCAGAAUGCCGGUGAGAUCAUUGUCAAGCUGAAUUUGGGCAGCGAAGCUCUGAAAGUGGAGGAUGUGGAUGCUGAUUUCACUGACACAGACUGUGUGAUCAAACUACCAGAUGGGCGCCAGUGGAGCUGUCAGUUCUUUGAGGAGAUUGAGGGCUCCUGCAGCAAGAUCCAGUGCAAAAAGGGCAACUUUCUACAUCUUGUGCUUCAGAAGAAGAUCCCACUCCAUACCUGGUCUUCGCUUCUGAAGAGAAGGAAAGAUGGAUCCAAAGAGCUGGCCAAAGGGGCCACGUGCUGGGAGAACGGGAAGGAGAAGGCUGGUUCUGCAGAGCUGGCCUCUGAAGAGCCAAGGGCUGAAAGCACAGAGCUGCUGAGAUCCCGGCGGGAAGCCUCCAACCCCAAGCGUGCUCCAGGAAGGAGCGAGGCCCUGGGAGGGAAGAGCCCAGCCAGCCCAGGGACGCAGAGCGGCCCCAGCGCCAAGCGGGCAGUUUACCUCAAAGUGGCUCCCACUGAAGAGGAGCCCAAUGCCAGAAUCACUGGGAACGUGGAGCCCAGCAAAGGGCACAGCGGGAGGGCUGGGAGCUGCCGCAACGGCAGAGCCAGCCAGCCUGAUGCACCCUCGGCCCUUGCGGACCUUGCCGUGCCACUGGAGAAGGCUGUGGCGCUGGCCAAGGAGACAGUUCCUAUGGAGAUGCCACCCCUCGCGGCUACCACAGAGGUGUUCCCCCACUGCAUUGCCACCUGUGUGGAGAAGAGAGUCCUGCAGCCAGGCAGCCCUGCUGAGGCCCUGCGGGGCCGGGACUGCACACCUGUGCUGGGAGAGAGCUCCAAGGCUGUCCCAGUGGCCACCCCUCCCCUGGGCAGAGGAAAUGAGAAGAGGGACUGGUCCAAGGAUGAUGUGGCUCUGGAAGCAGCAGCUGAUGAGCCAGAGCCUUUUGUGAGUCUGACCUUUGUCAAGAAUGACUCAUAUGAAAAGGGCAAUGACCUGGUGGUGGUGCACGUCUACGUGAAGGAGAUCCACAAGGAGACGUCCAAAGUGUUGUUCCGGGAGCAAGACUUCACGCUGGUGUUCCAGACAAGUGACACAAACUUCCUUCGCCUCCAUCCUGGCUGUGGGCCCCACACAGUGUUCCGGUGGCAGGUGAAGCUCAGGAACCUUAUUGAGCCAAACCAGUGCACAUACAACUUCACAGUGUCUCGCAUCGAUGUCUGCCUGAAGAAACGCCAGAGCCAGCGCUGGGGCGGCCUGGAGGCUCCAGCUGCACGAGGUGCAGUGGGUGGUGCAAAGGUUGCCAUGCCUACAGGCCCUACCCCUCUGGACAAGAACCCCCCUGGCAGCAACCAGCACCCCCUAUCCAGCAAGGAAGAGGCCCGAGCCAGUGACAAAGAGAAACCACGUGUGGAAGAUGGGGGUCUGGAUGGUGUGGCAGCACGUACAGCCCAAGAGCAUGUGGCAGUGAAGCAAGAGCCACGCAUUCCCUCUCCCAAACCCACCUGUAUGGUGCCACCAAUGACACACAGCCCGGUGAGCACUGAGAGCGUGGAGGACGAUGAGGACGAGGAUGAGAAGAAGAAGGUUUGUCUGCCUGGCUUCACGGGGCUGGUGAACCUGGGCAACACCUGCUUCAUGAACAGUGUCAUCCAGUCCCUGUCCAACACACGGGAGCUGCGUGACUACUUCCAUGAUCGGUCCUUUGAGUCGGAAAUCAACUACAACAACCCGCUGGGGACGGGGGGCCGCCUGGCCAUCGGCUUUGCCAUGCUGCUGCGGGCACUGUGGAAGGGCACACACCAUGCCUUCCAGCCCUCGAAACUGAAGGCAAUCGUGGCCAGCAAAGCCAGCCAGUUCACUGGCUAUGCCCAGCAUGAUGCUCAGGAGUUCAUGGCCUUCCUGCUCGAUGGCCUGCAUGAGGACCUCAACCGCAUCCAGAACAAGCCCUACACAGAGACUGUUGACUCGGAUGGGAGGCCUGAUCAGGUUGUAGCUGAGGAGGCCUGGCAGCGGCACAAGAUGAGGAACGACUCUUUCAUUGUGGACCUCUUCCAGGGCCAGUACAAAUCCAAGCUGGUGUGCCCAGUGUGUUCCAAGGUAUCCAUCACCUUUGACCCAUUCCUGUACCUCCCGGUGCCCCUUCCUCAGAAACAGAAGGUGCUGACUGUGUACUACUUUGCAAAGGAGCCGCACAAGAAACCCAUCAAGUUCCUUGUGAGUAUCAGCAAGGAGAACUCCAGUGCCAUGGAGGUGCUUGACUCGGUGGCCCACAGCGUGCGUGUGAAACCAGAGAACCUGCGCCUGGCAGAGGUGAUCAAGAAUCACUUCCACCGCAUAUUCCUGCCGUCCAACUCACUCGACACAGUCUCCCCCACGGACCUGCUGUUCUGCUUCGAGGUGCUGUCCCCAGAGCUGGCCAAGGAGCGGGUGGUGGAGCUGCAGGUCCAGCAGCGUCCGCAGGUGCCCAGUGGCCCCGUGGCCAAGUGUGCAGCCUGCCAGAAGAAGCAGCUCUCGGAGGAUGAGAAACUCAAGCGCUGCACGAGGUGCUAUCGAGUCGGUUACUGCAACGUGGCAUGUCAGAAAACACACUGGCCAGACCACAAGGCUUUGUGCCGCCCCGAGAACAUCGGUUUCCCCUUCCUCAUCAGCGUGCCCGAGUCCCGCCUCACCUACGCCCGCCUGGCCCAGCUGCUGGAGGGCUACGCAAGGUACUCAGUCAGCGUGUUCCAGCCUCCAUUCCAGCUGGCACGGAUGUCACCGGAGCAGGGGCUGCAGCCUUUGCUCCCGGACAAGCUGGAACCCCUGCCCAAGAGCAGUUGUGCAUCAGCCACCUCUGCCCCUGAGCUGGAGGACGGGGACAGGACUUCCAGCAUCCUUCAGGAGCCCCCCCUGUCACCAGCUGUGCCUGAGCUGCACCCAGAGGUGAGAGAUACCAGCACUGUCCGGAGCAAGGUUCUGGCAGCCAGGAGUUCCCCACUGAGCCUGGAUUCGGGCUUCCCCGAGCACAUGGAGUCGCAGGGCGAUAGCUGUUGCGAAAAGGAGCCGUCCUAUGAGCGAGCCCUCAAGCCAGAAGCUGCCAUCCCUGGGUACCAGCACACUCCAGACUCGCUGAGUGCCCGCGCCACACAGUUCUACAUCAACAAGAUCGAUGCUGCUGCCAACAGAGAGUACAAGCUGGAAGAUAAAGGUGACACCCCCCUGGAGCUGACAGAUGGCUGCUCCCUUGCCCUGGUGUGGAAGAACAAUGAACGCCUCAAGGAAUUUGUGUUGGUGGAAUCGAAGGAGCUGGAGUGCAUGGAGGACCCGGGCUCAGCCAGUGAAGCAGCCCGCGCUGGCCACUUCACCCUGGAGCAGUGCCUCAAUCUCUUCACCAAGCCCGAAGUCCUGGCCCCAGAGGAAGCGUGGUACUGCCCCAAGUGCAAGCAGCACCGUGAAGCCUCCAAGCAGCUGAUGCUGUGGCGGUUGCCCAAUGUCCUCAUCAUCCAGCUCAAGCGUUUCUCCUUCCGUAGCUUUAUUUGGAGGGACAAGAUCAAUGACAUGGUGGACUUCCCUGUCCGGAACCUGGACCUGAGCAAGUUCUGCAUUGGCCAGAAGGGCGAGCAGCAGCUGCCCGUGUACGACCUGUAUGCUGUGAUCAACCACUACGGAGGCAUGAUCGGGGGGCACUACACAGCAUACGCCCGCCUGCCCAAUGACAAGAACAGCCAGCGCAGUGACGUGGGCUGGCGGCUCUUUGAUGACAGCACAGUCACCACCGUGGACGAGAGCCAAGUGGUAACCAGAUACGCCUAUGUCCUGUUCUACCGCCGGAGGAACUCUCCUGUGGAGAGACCCCUGCCAGGGCACCCCCCGGACCACCGAGCCGAGCGCACCCCCUCUGCUGAAGCUGCUGCCAGCCAGGCUUCUCUGAUCUGGCAGGAACUGGAGGCUGAAGAACAAGACACGCAGCUCGAGGCACCCCAAAGGUCUGCAAGAAAUCCCUGGAGGCCUUGUGGCCAGAAGCGGAGUCCGGGCACCCCCCAGCACCCAGAUGAAGGCUGCGUCAGAUACUUUGUCCUGGCCACCACGGCCGCAAUUGUGGCUCUCUUCCUGAACGUCUUCUACCCGCUCAUUUACCAGACCCGCUGGAGAUAGGCACAGGCACACAGCCAACUGCAGGCACAGGGCUCCAGGGCAUGCUGCGGGGCAGCAGGACAAGCAGCCAGGAAGGACUCACCGAGGGAAGGGUGGAGCUGUCAGGUCCUGCCUGUCUGCUCUGCAUCUCCGUGCCACCCCAGAAGCAGGAGCCCGUCUGCCUUCCCUCACCCUUGCUGCCUGUGGGCCAGACCUCGUGGCUACCUGCUGCUCAGGAAGGAAUGUUGAUGCUGCACAUUGAGCACCUCCACUUGGUCCCAGGACAGAAGCAGAGACCUGCCAAGAGCCUGCUCCAAGGGCAACGUGCCCUGAGACAGUUCCUAAUCCAGUUGUGCUGCUGCAGGACCCCUGGGCCUGGUGUGACUGUGGCUCCUGGGCCAGCCCAGUCCCUCCUGUUGAGCUUCCUAGUGGCAUCUGCCCCUAUACCAGGAGUAUUGUGCACUCCACCCCCAUGCUGGGGCCUUGUCACCGAGGGCUGCUGUGCUUCCCCUUCACCCCUGCUGUGGAUCAGGGUUAUCUGAGCUGGGGUGCCCAUGGUGAGCACCCACCAGCACCGUGGGGGGCUCUGCCAGGAGAGCACAGUGGGACCUCGGUGUGUUAGUAAAGCCAGGUUUUCCAAAGAGCUGUGGCAUCCCUGUCCUGGUGUGCUGGGACACAGGGGCAGGGACUCUGCACUGGAGCCACCUCCCUGUGCCUGGGGCCACUGUGGCACAGCCAGCAUGGGGACUGUGCCCUGUGCUGCAGCAGGCUUGGGGCUGCGCUCCGCCUGCCAGUGCCAUGGGGCACGUGCCGGGUGCGAGGAGCCCGGCAGCACACGGUGCCAUGGGGUUGGGCACAGGCUGCGGCUCCCGUGCUGUCUGACAUUGAGACGUGUUGCCCUUGGCGGAGCGUGGCUCAGGCUGCUCCGGCGUGUUUGGGUGUGAGAGGUGACUUCAGAGCCCUGUGACUUCCUUUUCCGUCUCCGUCGCUGUCCCACUGCCGGUGCCCUUGGCUGCCUCGGGAAGGAUGCUUGGCAGGGAAGAGGCUCUCCUGUGUUAGUGCCUGCGCUCAAGCAGCGCAGCGGGAGCCGCCACCUCGCUCCUGUACCUCUCUCCCUGCACACGUGCCGCGCCGCGCCGGGUCCGUGCCGUGGUCAUGAGGUGUCCAUCCCGGAACAGUCGCCUCAUUGUCUGCAGCUCUGGGGCUUGCCGGCUUCCCCCGCUCACCCACAGCGCCGGCCUCGUGGGGCUGACUCAGUGCUCGCCACCGGGGCUGUGCUCUCUGCUCCGGCUGUGGGUCGGGACCCACAUGCUGCCGCUUGCCCUGCCGGGAGCUGGGUGGCCGGCAGGGCCCUCUCAGGCCUUGGAAAUCCCCUCUGGUCCUGCACUGGCAGCCGGCCUCACCGCUGCUGGCCCCGUGCCCGUGCCGGGGCGUCAGGCUCUGCUCAGACUGGCCCUGGCCGCGGCAGCCCCGGGGGCACGAGUGCCGGGCUGGGGAGAGGCUCAGCGUGCUGCAGCCUGGCUCUCCUCUGGCAGGCAGGUACCCCCGGGCAUGCAGGGGCUGCCAUCACCUCCUGCUCUCCUGGCUGUACCUGCAGUGUGCGGUCCCUACACUGAUGCUGGCAUCCCCCGGCACGAAGAAGGGAAGGAGAUGGGCGGGCAGGGUGAUGGUCUCCCUUCUCAUCCCCACCUUCUGCUUGCAGGGUCUGCCCCCGGUGCCGUUUGGAUCCGGUCUGGCCCCUGAAGCAGCCCCGGCCGCAGAAAGCCUCCCCGAGCGCUUCGCCAGCCCUGCCGAGCGCCCGACCCCCUCCUACAGCAGCAUGGAAGAAGUCGACUGAGCAUC